UAUUCCUCACAAGAGAGAUUCAGAGAAAUGAGUGAGAAGAAGUAAAAAAAGGAGAAAGGAAAGAAGACAUGGAGGAGGAGAAAAAUCUCGAUCACGGCGGUAGCGGCGGCGGUGGUAUUGGUGAAAUUGGCGGAUAUUGGUGGUGGGGAUUAGCAAGUGCAGCUCAAUUAGCAAUAGGAAUAAGAUCAUACAGAAGAGGAUACAACGGAGAUGGAACAUUAAUGCCUUUCAAAGCUUUUGGUGUUGCUUUAAUAUUUCUUGGUUCUGGUGCUGCUGCUAUUACUGGAUUGCUCAAUCUCUCUGGUAUGCACAAGGUUGAAGAUUUCAAGAGAUUGGGUGCAAAUAUCAGGGGUGGUUUAGGAGUUCCCCCUAGAGAAACUCAGAAAUAGGUGUUUUUUUUUUCUUUUCUUUUUUUUUUUUUUUCUUUUUUUUUGUAAUUGUUGAAUUUUGGUAAUAAUUAAAUGUCUAAAUCUAAGGAUUAAUCGGAAGAGUUUGCCAUAUUGGUGUCAUAGUAGUUUCCUACACAUUGCUUGCUGUUACUGUAUUGUGUUUACUUUACUGAAUUGACUGCAUUAUCUGCUAUUUAGACUUUGGAGUGGAAAUCCACUGUGUAUUGUGCAAGAUGAUUCGCGCAUAGUGUGAAUAUUAAGACUGUAAUAAAGUUAGGAUUAGUGAAACAAUAAGAUAAUGCACAUUAUGUCCAUUUUUCUACCUGCUCCCAUAAAAAACUGCAUUUUGCAUUAUGAGUCUACUGCUGUUUUCAAACAGCCUGACCAGAUGGAGAAUUUCUUCGGAAUACUUGCCGACUUCUCUUCAAGACUUUUUUGAAAGUGGUUCUUUUUAGUGAAUUAAACUCUUUAAAUUGAGAGACUUGGUGACUUUUUACUUUUUUAGUUUUUAUUUAAGCCUUUGCUGGUGUUGUUCAGUGAGGAAUUUUAGGUUGGAAGUGAUGUAAAUUGGAAUAAUAGAAUUGACAUUUGAUGGUUCUUUUGUGAAGUCAAGUGUUGAAAUUGAGUCUUCAAGCCUCUGCAAGUGACCAAUGAUGGUGAAGUAUAGUUUGUAUGAAGCUGUACAGUCAGGGGAUAUUGAUCUUGUUAAAAAAUUGGUUGCUGUACUGGUGAUUAUCAUGAUAGUUAUCUUCUACUCUUACAAAUGAAGACCCAUAUCGAGAGUAACUUGCUUCAUGUUGCGGUGCAAUUCAACAAAGAAGUGUGUGUUGAAGAGAUUUGCAGAAGAUGCCCGUCGUUGUUAUUACAGCAGAACUUAGAGGGAGAUACACCUUUACAUAUUGCUGCAAGGAUGGGGUUAUCUGAUGUGGUCAGAGUUCUAUUUAACAGUGCUCGUCAAAUGAAUGGAGAAGAUGAUGUUGAAAAAGGAAUAGGACUCGAAUUAUUAGGAGAAGAAAGUACACGUUUUUUUAGCAGUGUUGCUGAAGUAAAUGAAGGGUAUUCGUCAUCUGUGUCAAUGACAAAAUUGCAGCAACUAGUGAGGUUGACCAAUAAUAAGAAAGACACGGCGCUUCACGAGGCACUGCGAAACCCAUCCUAUGGCGAAACAGUGAAGUUGUUAGCAGAAGCAGACCCAAGUUUUGCAUACUGUGGCAAUAAUGCUGGUGAAACCCCGCUUCACUUGGCAGUCCAGCAUGGGGAGUAUUUUCAAGUCAAAUUUAUCUUGAACAACUUGCCAAUCCCAUCUUGUAGUUCCCCUGGAGGAAGGACUGUAUUGCACAAUGCAAUACUUCGCCAUGUUGAUUCAGGUCUAAUGGACAUAGUAGACGUAUUGCUGGAAAAUAAGAGACAUCUAGUAAAAGAAGCAGACAGAGAUGGGCGUUCUGCACUUCACUAUGCUGCAUAUGAUGGCAAUGCAGAACUAGCUACAAAGCUGUUAGAUGUUGAUCCUUCAGCUGGAUAUAUAAAGGACAAAGAUGGCAUGACUGCUCUUCAUCAUGCUGCGGGAGGGAAUGAUAAUUCUACUUUACACCGCAGAAGUGAUAAAUUUAUUGAAAAUGUUAUUCAACGAUGUCCCGAUUCUUGGGAACUGCUAGAUAGUGAAGGCCGUAAUUUUCUUCAUGUUGCUGCUAAGAAUAGACGAUUCAGCACUAUCAAGUAUGUUUUCGAUAUGAAAUCAAAUUACAUGGCAAAUAAUCUUAUAUGUGGCAGGGAUAAGCAUGGAAACACACCAUGGGAUCUGUUUGUCAAAUCCAGAGGAGGUGUCAGUCACUGGCGCAAGGAUGCGUGUUAUAAUAUUUUUUUACAGGACCCUAGAGUGAUCAAGGUCGUCGGUUACAAAUACAGAUUCAUGGUUGAUCGGGUUGCAACUCACGACAGUACUCGGACUCAGAAUACUUCAAAAGAAAAAGACAAGGAACUAAGCAACGAUGAUAAAAUACCAAAGCAGAAAGAAAAAACAAGAGAAAAGUUAGAGAAUAUGAGCCAAAGCCAUAUGGUGGUGGUUACACUUAUAGCAACUGUUGCAUUUGCAGCUGGUUUUACAUUGCCAGGAGGCUACAGAAAUGAUGGACCAGAAGAGGGUAUGGCAACAUUAGCUAAAAAAUCAGCUUUUAUUGCUUUCAUGGUAUCGAACAGUUUAGCAAUGCUACUCUCCCUAUAUGCCCUCUUCAUUCACUUUUGGACUAGGUUCCAAACCGCCAUGCUAAACAAGUAUGAAUUAAUAUCAGUAGCUGUGCCAACACUUGCUUGUACAUUCUUUGCCAUUUUAGCAAUGGCAGUUGCAUUUGUGACAGGCACAUACACAGUUAUCAGCUGUUUUCCUGGGCUUGCCAUACCCCUGUGUGUACUGAGCUGCAGUUUCUUCGUUUUCGCUUUUAAUUUCCUCUACAUGUCAUACAGAUGGUUGGACGAAGAGGAUCGGAUUCCAUUUCUUAAGUUUGCUAUUACUAGGGUUACACGUGCAUUUUUCUUCCAUUCCUGAAAAGUUUGAAACAACAAUUUUGUGGGCUAAUGCAGAAAUUUCGUGGGCUGGUUGUUGACAGGAAUGAAUAAAACUUCAGUUG